UUGUUUCUGAAAGAAGAUGCCUUGCUUAAAUACGUUUCCUCCAGAAAUCUCUAAACAAAAUCUGGACGUCACCCCUUAAAUUACUUUAGUGUUAUCCAUUUGCCCUUUAUAUUUCUACUGUAUAGUUUCUCCGGCGAGAUAACUCAGUUCCGGCGAUAAUCAUCUUCAUCGGAAAAUGUCUUACGACUAUCUCUUCAAGUACAUAAUCAUCGGAGAUACAGGAGUGGGGAAAUCGUGUUUGCUGCUGCAAUUCACUGACAAGAGGUUUCAACCAGUGCAUGAUCUCACUAUUGGAGUCGAGUUUGGGGCUCGUAUGGUCACCAUUGACAGCCGGCCAAUUAAACUCCAAAUUUGGGACACUGCUGGACAGGAAUCUUUCAGAUCCAUCACCAGGUCAUAUUACAGGGGAGCUGCUGGCGCACUUCUGGUUUAUGACAUCACCAGGAGAGAAACUUUUAAUCAUCUAGCCAGCUGGCUUGAAGAUGCUAGGCAGCACGCAAAUCCAAAUAUGACCAUAAUGCUAGUAGGAAAUAAGAGUGAUCUGUCGCACCGUAGAGCUGUCAGUAAAGAGGAGGGAGAACAAUUUGCAAAAGAAAAUGGGCUUUUGUUUCUUGAGGCAUCCGCUAGAACAGCUCAGAAUGUUGAGGAGGCCUUUAUACAGACUGCUGCUAAGAUUCUUCAAAAGAUCCAAGAAGGUGUUUUUGAUGUCUCCAACGAGUCAUCUGGAAUCAAGAUUGGGUAUGGACGUACCCAAGGUCCAGCUGGUCCACGGGAUGGAGCGGUUGCUCAAAGAGGUGGAUGCUGCGGCUAGUGUCAGAUAGGUCUAAGUUGUAAUGAUACUGAUAAACUUGCUUUUGUCCUCACUCAACUGAGUGAUCACAAGACUUGUACAGCUCAAAUUCAGUUCCUCAUCUGUAUGACUCAAUUUACUCCUAUUAUUCAGAGUAAAUAGGUUCUUGAGGAGCGUGUUGAAUUCCGGUACAUGUGAUGUUUGUGUUACAUACAAAGUUUAUCUAGUAAAUGGAUUGAGUUCAGCUCCUUUGGUUUUGAUUA